UUUACCGAUGUACAACUGACGUCUUACUCUAGUUUAUUGGUCUCUGCGUCUUAUCUUUGACGUCUUUCUAUAUUUUAAACAAAAACAAAACAUAAUUUUACUAAACCACAUAAUGUAGGUAGUUUAACUACUGCUUAGGUUUCUAUAAAAAAACUAUUUUUUUACUUUGCAAGCAAAUUUAAUGUAUUUAUUUAUUUUCAUUUGAAAAAAGAAUGUAAUAAACUCUACUGACUAAUUAACUCUUCUGGUGAAUGAAUCUAUUUCAAUAUGACGUCCAAAGUAUGUUUUGAAAACCCAUUCGAAGAAUAUUCGCAAGAUAUGACGAAUAAUAUUCUCAAUGACACCAAAGAUGCGAUUUCAGGGAAGUUUAAUGCAAAACUGCAAAAUUUUAAAUCUACAAAGCUGCAUUUGCUGACAACAGAAAUGAAAGAUGAUGUUUUUCAUGAUGGGACUGUAUAUACAGGUUCAGCUGGCCUGGCCUUGUUUUAUUUCAUCAGUUCUUUAAAAAAUGGUAACAGCUAUGAUACAUUACAGAAUGCAGUUGAAUAUAUAAAUAUUGAGAAUUUAAGAGGCAAAAGAAUUAGUUUCCUAUGCGGAGAUGCUGGUCCUCUUGCAUUAGCAACAGUCAUAUCAUACAGACUAGGCACCAACCGCCCUGAUAAUUUACUUGAUUAUAAAACAUUAGUUCAAAGACUACUGUCAUUGAUUUCAUUAUUGAAUGAUUCUCCUGAUGAACUUCUUUAUGGAAAAUCGGGAUACCUUUAUGCUUUGUUGUUUGUUAAUCAAUACAUACCUGGUAAAGAGGUCAUACCUGCUAAUCACAUUGAAAAGGUAGUGAACAGCAUUUUGAAAUCAGGCAAACAAUUCGCUAACCAAAUGAAAUUAAAGACUCCAUUACUGUGGCAAUGGCAUGACAAAGUGUACUUCGGGGCCGCUCACGGAAUGGCUGGAAUACUAUAUCUAUUGCUGCAGGCUCGAGCCUAUAUAAAUGCAAUUGAUAUAAAGAGCUUUAUAAAACCCACAUUGGAUUGGUUAAUAAGCCAGCGAUUUCAAAGUGGCAAUUUGCCCUCUUCAUUGAACAGUAGUAACGGAGACAGAUUAGUACAAUGGUGUCACGGGGCUCCAGGAUUAGUGCCUCUAUGCAUUUUGGCUUAUAAGGUUUUCGAAGAGGACAAAUAUUUGAAAAUUGCUCUGCAAUGUGGUGACGUAAUAUGGCAACGAGGUCUUUGCACAAAAGGAUAUAGUUUAUGUCACGGCGUUAGUGGAAAUGCAUAUGCAUUUCUACAACUCUACCAAGUAACGAAGGAGCCGUGUCAGCUGUACAGAGCCUGUUGCUUCAUGGAGUGGUGUGCGGUGGAGCGCCCGAAUACUGAAUUGCAUCGUCCGGAUCGCCCCGCUUCGCUGUUUGAAGGUCUAGUUGGUCGCCUUUAUUUAGCUGAAGACUUGGCAUGUGUUUCUGAUGCCAAGUUCCCUGCACUUACUGUGUAAAUUAUUAUUAUGAAUUAUUUUUUUUUUACUUUAAAACAUAAUUAUAUAAAAACAUAUUUUUCUAUUGUAAAAAUAUUUAUUUUAAUUCUUACAGCUAUUUGUUUCAUAUUUAUUAAUAUCACGCUGUAUAAAUAAUAAAAUUUUACAUAAAUAAAAUUGUAACCAGGCGGCAUGCUGCUUGACCUCCGUAAAAUUUUCCUUAUAUAUAGGUAUUUAGUAAAUUUUUGUAUAAACCGUACAGGCUAUAUAGAAUUGGAAGUCUUACUUUGUAUAUCAAUAUCAAUUGGGACAAAUUUGUAAUGAUUACUUAAUACAUAGAAAUAAAAAAGUAAAAAAUAUCGUA